AUGGUCCUCAAGGAAGCCCAUCAACUUCACCCGUACGGCUGGGAGACCGGCCCGGAAGAAGAACGGUUCAAGGUUUCGACCCUCGAGUACCUAACCGCCUCCUGCUUCACACACUUUGCCAUAUACUUCCGUCUAGAGGACGCGGAUAAGCCUAGAGCGGCCGCUGUACUCAAGGAAGGUCUUGAGCGUACUCUCGCCCAGAUCGGCCAUCUUUGCGGCACCAUUGAAAAGGAUCCGGAGGGAGGCCACUCUUUCGUCAAGAAGCGAGACAGCACGACGCAGUUUAUCGUGCAGUGGCUCGAUGCGCCCGAGGAUGCAGACCAAUUCCCCUCGAUGGCCGAUAUUGAACAGUCGAGCUUUGCUGGCCUCACGCUCGGUGACUUCAAAUACUGGGGGCUCGAAGCGAUGACAUACGGCGAGCGCCCGGAAGCGCACCCGGACGCCUCUCCUGUCGUCUCGGCCUUUCUGGCCAACUUCGUCCGCGGCGGCCUCGUCUUCAUCACCCACAUGCACCAUUACGCCAACGAUGUGAUGGGCUGGACGGGGUUCAUCCAUCAGCUGGCGGAAAACUGCUACGCCAUAACCCACGAGACGCCGUUUCCACCCUGGGAUCCGGCCUGCAACGACCUCUCCAUCGUCUCCAAGCCCGAUCCUCCGCCGGAGCAGCAGGUCGACGGUCCCCCGGAGCCACAACUCCAUCCAGAGCAGAAACCAGGCCAGUGUCUCCUCUUCCACCUCCCAAAAAGCAAAGCCGAGGAGCUCAAAAAGCUCGCAACACCCCAAGACGGCACCUGGAUCUCGACCUACGACGCCUUCACCGCGUUUAUCUGGCGCACCACGACUCGGCUCCGCCAGCCCGUCUUCCAGAAGCCGCUCGACAGCCCCAUCUUCUGGUGCGAAGCCGUCGACAUGCGUCGCCGGAUGAAGAACCCCCCCGUCCACCCGCGCAUUCAGCACAACGUCCUCUCCGCGCCCCUGCCCGACCAAGUGCCCUUCCUGCCACUCACACACGGCGAUGUCAUCUCGGACAAGCCGCUGUGGGAGCUGGCGGCGCACAUUCGCCGGCUGACCAGCACUCAAACACAGGAGAAUCUCGACGCGGUGCUGACGGCCGUCUCGUUCGUGCGGGACAAGGCGGCCCUCAACCUACGCAUCAAUUCGAAACCGCCCAUGUCGAUUCUGACGACGGACCACCGGGCGGCUGCUGUGACCGAUGCGGACUUUGGCUUUGCGCGGCCGCUUUGCCACCGUCAUUUGCAGCGCGGUGUGGGUGUCACGGUUGGUGUGCACCUGGUGUAUCCGCCCAAAUUUGACGACAGUCCGGACUCUGACGAGGGGAAUAUGUUUGCGCUUAUGUAUGAGAAGGAGCUGGCGCGGGAUUUGAUUGAAGAUGAGGAGUUUGCCAGAUAUUUUGAGUUCAGGGGUGUUGAUAGCGAGUAG